AGCAGUGCCAAAGGAAACACUCUCGAAGCAAGCCGGGAGUCCGCCAAGGACUGGGCAGAGUUGCGGUUCGUACUAUUCUUCAGUCAGAGUUGAAGUCAUGUCACUCUGAGGUAACAUCUUUAAGGUGUGCUGUUAUAAGAUGAAGAAAGAAGAUCCCGUAUCAGAGGUCCUUACUUUGAAAGACUGGUUCAUCCAGGUAUCAGAGUCUCUGUCUACAUUCCUACCCUCGGGACAGAGACAGGGCCAGACUGAGGAGGCUUUCCCUGCUGAGCCAGGAAGCAGCCAGGAGCUGUUGGAUCCCUCAGAGCUCCAGGAGGGUUUAGGGCCCCUAACACCCAGGGCUGUUGUGACCUCCAUGGACCCCCAGCAGAGACUGCAGGCUCUCCAGGCUCAGCUGGCCCUACGGGGCCUGAGUAGUCCUAGAAGCUCCUGUUCCGUGGUUGCUCCUUUGGCAAAGCGUCUGUCGAUCAUACCGGAGGACAGAGAGCAGGCUGGGAGCAGGGCGGGCUCAUGGCACUCUGUUCAGGCUAGCACAACAGUUAACAGCUACGGAAACGAUGAGGAUCAUUCUAGCUCUUCGGACAGUGAGGAUGAGAUUGUGAAGCAGUUUGGGAUCUCUGUGUCUCGCUCUCAGAGCUUUCGCUCUACAGGAACAACUGAGGUUCUAACCCAGACUGCACUAGGACAACAGAACAGGUUCACCCGUCUACUGUCUGACCAGGAGGAGGGCAGCACAGAGCCUUCAGACUGUGAAGACAUGGAUGGAGACCACCAGGACCCCCUAUCGUCUGGGGAUAAGAAGCGGGGCUCACUUAGGGCCCAGGAAACGACUGAAGGUAUGGGUGGACCACCACAGGAGGGCUCAUUGGACACAGCGGCCAGCCUGGUACCCAGCCAGAGCUGCCAGGCCACCGAGGGUAGCCUGGGGAUGGAAACGGCCGUGGACAACCAGGGUUAUGAUAAGAUGGACCCCACAGACAGCUCCUCCACAUGGAGCCCCGAGCAGGAGCAUCUCACUGUUGAGGAGGUCCACUCUCGCCCCCCCAGCACCACUCCUCGCCCUCCCAUCUCCAAAUGUGGUGAUCUAGAGGUCAUCCUGGACUACAAGGCCGCCUCUCAGAAGUUGUUGGUUACCGUGGUGACAGCACAGGACAUUCCAGAUAAAGGACGCAGUGGGAUGGAUUCAUGGCAGGUGCACGUGGUCCUGCUCCCGGCAAAGAAGCAGCGCUAUAAGACCUCCGUCCAGAAGGGUUCAGUGCCCGAAUUUAAUGAAACCUUCCGCUUUUCCCGUCUGGACCCCUCUGAGCUGGGCGCCUUAGCCCUGCGCUUCCGCCUCUACGCCCUCGGGGGGCGAAUUUCCCGCGAGCGAAUGAUGGGGGAGAAGGUGUUCCGUCUUGGGGGGCUGAGUUCAGAGUCUAGAGAGAUGGAGACCACACUGGUGCUUGAGCCCCGCAGCAACAUGAAGAGUAUUGACUCUCAAGUCAGCUUGUCCGGGGUGUCCCAGAGUGACAGUGCAUCCUCCACCCAGUCCCUGACCCACGGGGGCGUUCCUGAGCUGCUGGUGGGCCUGUCCUACAAUGCCACCACUGGACGCCUUUCUGUGGAGCUUAUCAAGGGAAGCCACUUUCGCAACCUGUCCAUCAACAGGCCGCCUGACACCUAUGGGAAGCUCACUCUGCUCAACUCGGUGGGCCAGCAGGUCUCGCGGUGUAAGACGUCAGUGCGGCGGGGCCAGCCCAACCCGGUCUACAAGGAGACCUUCAUGUUCCAGGUGGCCCUUUUCCAGCUGUCUGAUGUCACCCUGCUGGUGUCCAUCUACAGCCGGCGCAGCAUGAAGCGUAAGGAGAUGGUGGGCUGGCUCUCCCUGGGCCAGACCAGCAGCGGGGAGGAGGAGCAGCUGCACUGGGUGGACAUGAAGGAGUCUAAAGGCCAGCAGGUCUGUCGUUGGCACGUCCUCCUGGAGGCCUAGAGUACAGCAUUACACAGAGAGGAUCGGGAGAGGGCCGGCAAGGAAUGUAUUGGUAGUCCAGGACACUUGUCACCUAGUCACUCAUCUGGUCAUUCAUGGGAGCGGAAUGAGUUAGCCUCCUACAGUCCAACAGAGAGAGAUUUAUCCCACUCAGAGCUCCCAGGCAGACAGGAUAGACUGUUUUUACUGUGGUAUCAAACAAAAAUCGGUGUGUUGUUAUGAUUGUAGUUUUGACAUCUUAAGAGUAUACAUCUUUUAGUAAAAUGCACAAAGAAAAUAGAAGACUUAUAUCUUCAGUAAUUUUGUAUUAUGCUAAAUACAGACUACGUCUAAACUUUUGGAUUUCAUGAACACUGAAAAUAAAUAUUCCUCAUUUCUAGAUUUUGGAAUUGUAUAGUUGAGGUUCAUUUCACACUGAAUCAGCAUGUAUUUGUUCUUUAUCAUACAUGGUAACUGUAUCCAUCACUAUUACUCAUCACUUCUCCCCUUCCUUUAAGAGAAGUAGCUGAAGGACACUUAAAUCAAUUCAGUGACACAGACUUUUUCAUGUCAUCUCAUUGAUUUUAUGCCUAGUUGAAAUCAGAUCUGCGAUAACCAGCAACAACCAACUCCAGGGGUGCUCCACCAAACAAAAAGUUUAGUUUUGAAAUGUUUCAGUGAAAAAAGGCAUACAAAAUUGAACAGAGGGACUUACCUGAAAAGGUUCAAUAGGAAGUCUGACUAAACGUUUCACAACUUAGUCGUUGUAGGUUGGGAAUGAAUAGUGUACAGACUUGCAGAUUAGAUCAUUUUGGCAAUAUGUUGGAUGUAGAACUGUGUUGGAGCUGUCAAAUUGUGUCAGAAAGGUUGUUUGUGUGGUCAUUGUCACAAAGCCACACCCGUCCCACUCAUGUGAAAUGUAUUGAAUGGAUGUGCAGGCUAGAAACAGUGACAUUUCUGAAUGGGGUUUCUGACUGUUGUAAGGUUCAUUAUGGAUUUGAUAUUAAGCACAACCUGUUCGAAAAUAGCAUUCUAGUUCCUUCAUUUAGUUGGAAUGAUGAUGGCCUUGGCCUUUUUAUUGCCUUCCCAGGGCAAGACAAUAUGUCCAUGCUUAAAUGACAAGAGGCUUUAAAUAUCCCAAUGCAUCUGUUAAUAACAUUAUGCCAAGAAUGACCCUCCCUGGCAGUGUAUUAUUUUGCUCUGCUAAUUGGUAGUUACAGUCCUUGGACUGAUGGUGAUGAUGCACCUUCAUUAAUUCUAGUUGCUGCUUCUGGGAAAUGACAUUUGUUUAUCUAUCCAGUGGGCCUCUGCCCCCUAGGUCAGAGGCUCCUCCCACCAAUGGAGGACAGAGAAUUGUCUCAUAUAUUAUGUUUUAACUUUAUACAUGCAAAUAUUUUUUAUACUUGCAAAUAUUUUUCCUAAAUAUUUCUUCUCUCUCCACAUAGAAUUUUAUUGGCCUUCUAAUUUACUUUGUUCUUCUUUACUGUGAGGUUCUGCCUAGUUGACCUCUAUUUCUGAUUAACUAUCUUAAGUAGUCUUUAAUGACAUACUGAGGUGGACAGUUAGUCAGCAUUAUGAUCUGCCAUCCCUCAGACUUUCUCUGAAGGUCCAUGACCAGUCAGGGAUUACGGAGUAUUGAAUCCCAUGACCUUUACAACCACUCCAUCAGUUCACAUAUUAGGUCCCUUGGUCAUCCUCCUCAGUCAAAUCACCAGGGGCUGACUCUGUCAGUCAAAUCACUAGAGGCUAACUCUGUGCUGCAAAUGUCAGUUUCCACUAAUCAAACUAACAUCACAUGUGAUUCUCCCAGUGAUUACACAGGUGAACAUUUACAUUUGAUGUGUAACUAUAUGGAUUUCUUGUAACUGAGUGGCUAUCUUUGAAUUGCCUAUAUUUGUAAAAUGUUUACAUUUGUAUCACAGGUUAAAACACUUUUUAUACUAGCGUAAACAUUUACUUUGUAAGUCAUUGACAUAGGCAUGGCAUGUAAGGCACUGUUUUUGAUGAUAUUUAGAUGACAACAUUUAGCAAAUAGAUGGACUAUCCUCUACUUUAAGAAAUCAAUCUAACUGAACCUGAUAUGACAGGUGUACUUUACAUGUCAUUUUUAUAACAUAGGUUUGCGUUAAUGACUUGCAUUAAUGAAUUCCAUUUGUUAACCAGGAUUAUCCACCAGUCACAAUGUAUUUAAUGCAUGUCAAGAGUUGUACAUAGUCCCUUCAUCUAGUGAAUAAGAAAUGCAGAGAAUGUUCUCUGAAUGUUACUACAGCAUGCUUGUUUUUAGCUUCCAGAUAUUGAGACUCGAAUAAAGUGCCUGUAGCGUAAGGUUAAAGCCAGUAUGGGGUGAAAUUGAUCAUAACAAUCAAUACAAUGUAUAAGUGUAUAAUCAGCCAUGUUUACUCUUUCUGUAAGAUGCAGCUGUGUGCAUGGCCUGUUGAUAUGUUCUCAUGCGUAUGUAAUCAGUGCCUGCAGCACGCAUGCAAAGAAUGACAAUUUAUACAGAUUACUUUUGUACAUACCAGUAUUAGUUUUGCUCUUGUCAAAUAAAAAUCCAUGUUGUAGUAAAUU